AGCACUUAAUUUUAAAAGACUAAGUCAAAAAAAUCUUAACUCAGUCUCGAUGAUCACGAUGUCCAAAGGGCGAUUGAACACUUCUUCUCUUCAUUUGACUUCAGACGUGAGAUUUGGUUAUACAGCUGGCUAGUAUCAGAAAUUCGGAAAAAGGCUCUGAAUUUCGAUGAUGGAGAGAAUAAACACGAAAUGGGUAGCAGCAGCAGCGAGCAUAUGGAUUCAAAGCUUUAGCGGAGCUACAUACACAUUCGCUAUCUACUCUUCUAUCCUCAAAUCAUCUCAAUCUUAUGACCAGUCUACUCUUGAUUUCGUUUCUGUCUUUAAAGACAUCGGUGGUACCUUUGGUAUCAUCUCCGGUUUCCUUUACACGUCCAUGACUUCUAAGCUACACGGUCGUGGUGGUCCUUGGGUUGUGGUUUUGGUUGGGCUGGUUCAGUGGUUUGUGGGAUUCUUUUUUAUCUGGGCUUCGGUUGUUGGGUUGAUUGCACCGCCGCCUGUGCCGCUGAUGUGUUUGUUCGUGUUCUUGGCUGGUCACUCGUUGCCGUUUUUCAAUACGGCUAAUGUUGUCACGGCUGCUCGGAACUUUUCUCAGUAUGGUGGGACAGCUGUUGGCAUUAUGCAGGGAUUUCUAGGUCUAAGUGGAGCAAUUCUGAUUCAGUUGUACCACGCAGUCUGCGGAGGUGAAGGUAAUCCUGCUACUUUCAUUCUUCUCCUGGCUGUAGUACCAACGCUUGUCAUCUUCUUGACUAUGCCUUUUGUAAGAGUUUAUGAAACGGUCACCACGAGUGAGAAGAAACACUUGAAUGGUCUCUCUGUGAUCUCUUUGAUCAUCGCCGCUUAUCUCAUGGUCAUUAUUACGGUUGAAAAUGUUCUCGGUUUAUCACGGUCCAUGCAGAUUUUCUCCUUCGUCCUUGUGCUUUUAUUGCUUGCCUCUCCUCUCUUGGUUGCGGUGAGAGCCCUACGCGAAGAAAGGCCAGCACUUUCUUCUCUGGAUUGUCCUAUUCCCGACACAUCUGCCUUGCUCGGCUCUCCUAGUUCAAAAGCUUUUCCCGAUGGAGAUCAUGUGGUUGUUGAAGACUCAAAUAUACUGGAAGCAAUGAGGACAGUGAACUUCUGGCUGCUCUUCUUGGCAAUGCUAUGUGGGAUGGGUUCAGGAUUCGCGACUAUAAACAACAUGAGACAGAUAGGCGAGUCUCUUCGCUACUCCCCGGUUCAACUCAAUUCCCUGGUCUCUCUCUGGAGCAUAUGGAACUUUCUAGGCCGGUUUGGAGCCGGUUAUAUCUCAGACACAUUCUUACACAAAUACAGCUGGCCAAGACCUAUCUUCAUGGCCAUAACUCUAGGUGUUAUGGCUGUAGGCCACAUCGUAGUGGCAUCUGGUUUACAAGGGAGCCUCUAUGUUGGUUCAGUUUUGAUCGGUAUGGCUUACGGUUCGCAAUGGUCGCUCAUGCCGACAAUCACAUCAGAGAUAUUUGGGAUCCGGCAUAUGGGAACGAUUUAUUUCACGAUUUCGAUUGCAGGUCCUAUCGGGUCGUAUCUUCUCUCUGUGAAAGUGAUAGGUUACUUCUACGACAAGGUGGCUUCUAAGGAUGACAAUUCUUGCUUUGGAAGUCGAUGUUUCAGGACAUCGUUUCUGAUCAUGGCUUCUGUGGCUCUCUUCGGCUCUUUGGUUGCUUCUAUAUUGUUCUUCCGCACAAGCAAGUUUUACAAAAGACUUGUAGCCAAGAGGAACUCGAAGUGAACUUUGCAAAUUGUAUAUUGUUCAUACCUAUAAUUUGAAGGUUGAAACAAUUUAUUGGUAUAGAUCCAAGACUCACGACAAAACUAUUUGUAAUUGUGCCACGUUUGAAAAACAAAAGUAUAUUUACAUGCAAUGGAAAGUUUGGUCGGAUUGACCGGUUGAACCGGAA